AAUAUCUUCUUUCCGAACCUUAGCCUUAUUUGAAGAUGAAUGAUCCAAUUAUUAAUUAAGUGGAGAGAAAAUAAUAACAAUGGCGGGGGGCAUGGCGGCGGCUCGUCUUCCUUUUUUCUUCUUCGUCUUCUUCUUCUUUUAUCUAAUCUUGGGCGUUUAUUCCGAUCCUCCCGAAUAUGAUCAGUAUCACACUUUCAUCGUUCAUAUCUCGAGAUCUCACAAGCCAGCCCUUUUCCGGUCUCAUAACCGCUGGUACUCCUCCCUUCUGGGCUCUCUAUCAUCUCCGUCUGACCCCUCUAACAUUCUCUACACUUAUCAAAAAGCCGUCAAUGGCUUCUCCGUCCGCCUCACCCACCACCAGGCAUCCGACCUCCGCCUUCUCCCUGGCGUCCUUUCUGUCCUCCCCGACCAACCCCGACAGAUCCACACAACCCGCACCCCUCACUUCCUCGGCCUUACAGACGACUUUGGCAUCUGGCCAGGCUCAGAUUACGCCGACGAUGUCAUCAUCGGCGUCCUUGAUACCGGCAUCUGGCCCGAACGCCCCAGUUUCUCCGACCAAGGCCUCUCUCCAGUUCCGCCUGGCUGGAAAGGCAUUUGCGCAAACACAUCCAACUUCCCUUCCUCCACCUGCAAUCGCAAAAUCAUUGGCGCCAGAGCCUACUUUUUUGGCUACGAAUCGGCGCUAGGUAAGUCCAUGGAUGAAACUACAGAACCCAAAUCCCCAAGAGACACCGAAGGCCAUGGAACCCACACGGCUUCCACGGCCGCCGGAUCCAUCGUUUCCAACGCGGGCUUCUUCGAUUACGCCAGAGGCGAAGCCAGAGGAAUGGCAUCAAAGGCCAGAAUUGCCGUCUACAAGAUCUGCUGGAGUUUAGGCUGUUUUGAUUCAGAUAUUCUCGCCGCCAUGGAUCAAGCGAUCCAAGAUGGUGUUCACGUGAUUUCUCUCUCCGUAGGUGCCAACGGCUAUGCUCCGCAAUACGACCACGACUCAAUUGCAAUCGGCGCCUUUGGCGCCGCCACCCACGGCGUUGUCGUCUCCUGCUCUGCCGGAAACUCGGGUCCCGGUCCUUCAACGGCAGUGAACAUCGCACCUUGGAUACUCACAGUGGGCGCUUCGACGUUAGAUCGGGAAUUUCCAGCCGAUGUAAUUCUAGGCGACGGGAGAAUCUUAGGCGGCGUUUCCCUCUACUCGGGCGAACAGCUCGGAGAUGAGAAGCUUCCAUUGGUGUACGGUGGCGAUUGCGGAGACCGAUAUUGUUACUCCGGAAGACUAGAUUCCUCUAAAGUGGCUGGGAAAAUGGUGGUCUGCGAUCGUGGAGGCAACGCGAGAGUUGCGAAAGGAGCAGCCGUAAAAUCGGCCGGCGGUGUGGGGAUGAUUCUGGCGAACACGGAGGACAGCGGGGAAGAACUGUUAUCCGAUUCUCAUCUGAUACCGGCGACUAUGGUAGGUCAGAUAGCCGGGGAUAAGAUCAGGAAUUACACGAAAUACGAUGCCCAGCCGACGGCGACAAUUGUGUUCAAAGGUACGGUGAUCGGGAAGUCACCGGCAGCGCCGAAAGUGGCCUCGUUUUCGAGCCGAGGACCGAACCACCUGAGUGGAGAGAUUCUGAAACCAGACGUGAUAGCCCCGGGUGUGAACAUCUUGGCUGGGUGGACGGGAAAUGUUGGACCGACGGACCUGGAUAUCGAUCCAAGGAGGGUGGAAUUCAAUAUAAUAUCAGGGACGUCGAUGUCGUGUCCUCACGUGAGUGGCCUAGCUGCGCUGCUGCGGAAGGCGUACCCGCAGUGGAGCCCAGCUGCGAUAAAGUCGGCGUUGAUGACGACAGCAUAUAACCUGGACAACUCUGGGAAGAAGAUGACAGACCUGGCGACAGGAGAAGCGUCAACGCCGUUUGUCCACGGGGCGGGGCACGUAGAUCCGAAUGGAGCGCUAGAUCCGGGUUUGGUGUACGAUAUAUCGGCGAGCGAGUACAUAUGGUUCUUAUGCUCAAUCGGAUACGACGCAAAAAGAAUAGCUGUUUUCACUCGUGGGAAUGUGUCGACGGUGGAUGGUGAUGAUUAUUGCGGAGGAAGAGAGGGCAGGUUAGAUAGGGCCGGGGAUCUGAACUAUCCAUCCUUCUCAGUGGUAUUUGAUACUGAUCAUGAUCAAGAUGAAGAAAUUAAAUACAAAAGGGUGGUUAAGAAUGUAGCAGCAGCAGCAGCAGAUGCAGUAUACGAGGUAAGUGUGAAUUCUCCACCGUGGGUUGAAGUGAAUGUGUCGCCCACGAAGCUGGUGUUCACCGAAGAUAAUAGGGAUGCGGUCUAUGAAAUCACUUUCAAAAGUAAAAGAGGAAGAAAUGUCCUUGCUUCUUCUUCUUCUUAUAAGUCAUUCGGGUCUGUGGAGUGGAGCGAUGGAUCCGGCCAUAGGGUUAGGAGCCCAAUCGCUGUAGUUUGGAAUACUCAUGAAUCAUCAUCAUCAUCAUCCUCUGUAGCUUACAUGUAACUUGUAAUUUAUAAGCU